GCCAAUGCUCAGGCUGCGGCGGGCGGGGGCGGGCGGAGCCGCGGCCGCCGCCAUGGGGCUGCUCAACUUCACCCGCGACCCGGUGCCGGAGGCGGUGAGCGGCGACAUGCACAACCUCAACCAGCUCAGCGCCCAGCAAUUCUCAGCGCUGACCGAAGUGCUCUUCCGCUUUCUAACGGAGCCCAGGGAGGUAGAGAGGUUUCUGACUCAGCUCUCAGACUUUGCCACCAUGAACAAAAUCAGCUUGGGCCCCCUGAAAAACAUUGUCAAAAGUUUUCUGCUGGUACCUAACGGUGCCCUGAAGAGGAAUUUGUCUUCUGAACAAGUCAGAGCAGAUUUUAUUGCUCUAGGCCUCAGCGAGGAGAAAGCCAGUUAUUUUGCAGAACAGUGGAAGGUGAACUCCCCCACCCUGACGCGCCUGGCUGUUGGUCAGACGCUGAUGAUUAACCAGCUGAUAGAUAUGGAGUGGAAGUUUGGAGUGACUGCUGGGAGCAGCGAACUGGAAAAAGUGGGAAGUAUCUUCUUACAGCUGAAGCUGGUGAUUAAAAAAGGGAGCCAAAUGGAAAACAUAUAUAUAGAGUUAACUUUGCCCCAGUUCUACAGUUUUCUGCAUGAAAUGGAGCGGGUCAAAGCCAGUCUGGAAAGCUUCAGCUGAAACUGCGCGGGCCUGAACCGACGUCUGUCCAGGCUGCUGAAUUUCUCCUUGUGGGCCUGCGGCUCUGCUCUAACGCUCUGACCAGCAACGACAAGGCUGCGCAGCGAGCAGCGGUGGCAUGGCCCAGAAGGACCCAUCAGUCCUUCAGAUCCUGAAACUUCAGCAGGUGUUACGAAACAGCUACAAGUCCACUCAUCUUUUUUGUUAAUACUGUUGUGAAAAAUUGUAGUCAGAAAUAUUUGGAUACCUGUAUUAAAAUAGCAAAGAAAUAAACCCAUUCCCAUCCUGC